AUGGCCGCCAUCAACUCCCUCAUCACCCGCGAGGCUGUCCACCAGCUUGUCAGGCGCAAGAACUGGCCCGCUAAGAACGUCGGUGUUAUGGUCGUCUUCUGUAUUGUCGCAGUUGUCGCCAUCUUCCUCAUCGGCCUUUGGAUCUCCAAGGUCAGGGCCAGGCGCCAGGCUGCUAAGCCCUCUGAGGUCUAG